CUCUCUGCAUACGGGAUUGUCAGCCAUGACUUCACCAGAGAUUGUCGAAGAUGGAGCGAUCGAUCCUCGAAUCGACGAGACUACAGCAUUACUCGCCGCUCCAUCCACAGCCUCACCUACACAAGGGCAGGCGGAGAACGGCACAAUCAACAAUAAUAAAGAUGUCGACGAGGACAAACCCUUACCCAAGGAACAGAUCUUCUUCCUCUGCGUUGCGAGGGUCGUCGAGCCCAUCGCCUUUUUCAGUAUCUUUCCCUUCAUCAAUCAGAUGAUUCGCGAUACUGGAGUUGCCGAACAAGACGUCGGGUUUUACAGUGGCUUGAUUGAAUCAUUAUUCUCUUUGACGCAAAUGUUUUGCAUGAUCCCUUGGGGUCGAGCGUCCGACUACUUUGGACGCAAGCCCAUCCUGGUCUCGUCGCUGGCGGGCGUCUCUUUCGCAACAGCAAUCUUUGGUUUCGCCGGGACUAUCUGGGCCAUGAUCUUGAUCCGGUGCUUCGAGGGACUUUUCGCGGGAACCAUUGUGACGAUCCGAACCAUGAUCAGCGAAAACAGCACGGCCAAAACCCAAGCUCGUGCAUUCUCCUUCUUUGCAUUCUCGGGCAACUUGGGAAUCUUCCUGGGCCCUAUUAUAGGCGGUGCUCUGGCAAAACCUGCCACCGUCUUCCCGUCCAUUUUUGGCCGUAUACAAUUCUUCCACGACUUCCCGUAUGCCCUGCCCACCAUUGUGACCGGUGGGAUCGGUGUCAUUGCUACCAUCACGAGUGGGAUUUUUAUCAAAGAGACGCUCGUCCGCCAUCCCAAAUCCUCGUCCGACAAGUCCAAGGAGAUGUCGACCCUCGAACUCCUCCGGUCCCCCAACGUGCCCAUGACGCUCUACCUCUACGCGCACAUCAUGGUGCUGGCCUUCUCCUACACGGCCAUCAUCCCCGUCUUCUUCUUCACGCCCGUCCACCUGGGCGGGUUCGGGUUCUCGCCGCUCCGGAUCAGCAUCUUCAUGAUGAUCGGCGGCCUCUCGCAGUCCCUGUACCUCCUGAUCGUGUUCCCCUGGCUCCAGGCGCGCGUCGGCACCGCGGGCGUCAUGCGCCUCUGCGCCCACGCCUACCCCUUCUUCUUCGCCUUCCUGCCCGUGUGCAACGUGUUCCUGCGCAGGGGCAUGACGGCGGCCUUCUGGGCCGUCGCGCCGGCCGCGCUGGUGGUGGGCAGCGGCGUCGCCAUGAGUUUCACCGCCAUCCAACUCGUGUUGAACGACGUGAGCCCGAGUCCGGCCGUGCUGGGCACCUUGAACGCCGUCUCGCUCACCCUGGUCAGCGGCAUAAGGGCCUUCAGUCCCGCCUUGUUCUCGAGUCUGUUCGCCACCAGCGUCGGGAGCGGCGUCCUCGACGGGCAUCUCAUCUGGGUCCUCAUGAUCGCGUUGGCCCUCGGGUUCGCGGUUGUCAGCCACUGGACGCCGGAGCCGGACAAGGAGGUCAAGAACGGCGCGGAAAACGGGGAGGAAGAACAGCAACAAUAAGCCAGUAAAAGAUGCAUAUAAUUAUUUUCGAUUCGAUUGCACGGGUAUAUAUAUAUAUAUAGUGGGUAUGGGUAUAACCGUGGCGAGGCCAACGGUACGACAGAGGAAAAGGGAAAAAGGGGCGACUCUGGUACCCGGCUUACUUCGAGA